AUGGGAAAGCCUCCGAAUCUAUACGCCUUUCAGAGUGCCGCCGAGCUUGCCCCAAGCCUGCGCGCCUACAUCCUCGAUGCCCAGAAUGCCGCCCUCGACCGUCAUCAUGUCUUCCGUGUCGCAGUCUCCGGCGGCUCGCUGCCCAAGACGCUGGCGCAAGCGCUUUUGAAGGAGACCAAUGGCGAAGGCAAGGUCCAAUUCGAUAAAUGGGAAAUUUUCUAUGCCGACGAGCGCGCCGUGCCCCUCGACCAUGAAGACAGCAACCACCGGUUGGUCAAGGAGGAGCUUCUGGAUAAGAUACCGCAAGAACUAGGCACACCCAAGGUCUACCCAAUCGACGUCAAGUAUCUCGACGAUGUACAAGAGUUGGCCGACCAGUACGAAAAGACGCUUGUCAGCGUUUUUGCUGCCCGCGACAGCGUAAAGCUACCAUUGUUCGACCUGCUUCUACUGGGCUGCGGACCCGACGGACACACUUGCAGCUUGUUCCCAGGCUCCGACCUUCUCCGCGAAACCGAAGCCUGGGUUCUCCCCAUUUCCGAUUCUCCGAAGCCUCCGCCAAAACGCAUCACCAUCUCGCUCCCCGUUGCGCAACACGGACUGAAGAUUGCCUUUGUGGCGACUGGCGGAGGAAAGAAGGACAUCAUGCGCCAGAUAUUUGAUACCGAUGAGGGACAGCAGUUGCCGUGCGGUCUGGUGAACCACAAGGGCGGAGAGCGGGUAAGCUGGUUCGUUGACUACCCUGCUAUCGAGGGUGUGUCUUUUCCAGCUCGCCGCGGCAGCUUGUGA